UGUUUUGCUUACUACCCAACAGAUGUACCAGAUGCUACAUGGAACAGUUACGAGAACUUACAAAGGAUGAAUACACUUAUUACUUCAUUAAAACUGCCUCCACCUCCACCAGCGGCUGUUGAUGGCACAUGGGAGUCUGAAAGUAAUUUGUGUCUAGAAUACGCUCGAAGGUUAUCACCAGACACCGCCAGCCUGUUAAACAGGGUCAAGUGGAUUCUAGCUCGCACUCAGCGAGCAUUGAACGGUAUCGACUUACCUCUGGCCAGUCCCUGGCUAUCUGCAUCUCAGGUUCCCUGGCCACUCGUGCUUGAGGCAUGCGUAAAUUUUCGUCUAACCCCAUUACAUUCGGACCCAGGCUUAGAAGAGCAGGACGUUUAUUUCUUACCUGAGGAGUUAGAUGCAUUUUAUCCACCAACGCUUUGGAUGCAGUCGGUAAAUUUGUCAAAGAAGGAAGCGGCGAAAGCAAAGAGUCUAGAGUCGUCUAAACCAAAGAAGAGCAAAGACACCAAGUUACAAGAGUCAUUUCUAGAUAUGGAACAACAGUUUCAAGAUAUAACAGGUUUGUCUCGUACUCUCGCAACGCCAUCAGUACAGUCUACGCCGGUGGUCACGUCAUCCUAUUUAUCGGUUCCAACGAUCACGCCAUUGUUGGUAACGCCACCACUUGUCACUUCAGUACCACGUGCGUCUUCCAUGGUGAAAGAAUCUCCGUGUUCAUCUUCCCAGGCUGAAAUAAGGAUAAUGAACGAACAGCUAAAGUCUGCCGUGGACGAAGCUAAAAUGCAGUCUAGACGAUUUGAAGAAUUACUGAAAAGCGGUCUUAGUGACACUGGAAAUCCACGAGAACUGAGAGAGGGUUCGGGGAGGAAAAGGAAAGCGCAAAGCUUGGGAGAAAGCAAGAAGUCGCCAAAGUUCGUUGAGGGGGUGAACCUCCCGAAAGUUGAUGUAUCUUUCGGUUCUCUGGAAGAAAGCCUUCUCCACAUCAAUGCAACGCUGAAGUCACAAAGGCGUUCUGACCAAUUCACAGAAAGAAGGUUGAGUGAGUAUCUGGAUUCAUAGCAAAAAGCGGACCUAUGUUCCAAGGCUGCACCGAUUUAAGUGGGAAGUCUAUUUACUUUACUCAUCUUUCAAGCUCUAUGAGAUCUCUAGGUCUGAGCCCAAGGAAAGAAGACUGAGAGGCGGUGGAAAAGACAUACUCAAGCAACACAGGACCUAUUUUAAUGUUUACAGAGCCUCGUCAGUUAGCGAGCUGCAAGCAGGGCCGAAAUAAUACUGCGCGCGUGGUUGAGUAUUCGCGCGAUCAUUUUCGAUGGCUGCCUUUUAGGUUUUCUUUCUGUUCGCGUUUGGUUGACCCAGUUGCUGAUUAAUUCGAGGAGGUGUUUACUAUACUGCUUAUCGAGGCAUAUUUAGAUCCCAAAAACAAAGAAACCACCGAAGCAUGCCUUGAAAACUUCUUUUAAAAUUACCGACUGAAUAAAACGCCCUUUUGCACAAAAAGUGCUUUGUGGAACACGCCCAUUACUAAAAUAUCGGCAUAAAUAAACCAUCAAUGCUUCGACUUCUUCUACAGCACGGUUCUAAUUGGCUUGGCGAUUAAGAGGCUCAAGUUGGUGUAAAAUUGUAAGGUCGAUAUCCACUUUCAAUAGAAUGCGAGCAAUCAUUUUGAAUGGUAUCAGCUCAACUGUGCACAAACAACAGAAUUCUCUAAGGCCCGUUGGCUGUGCAUAAGCAAAUAGAGCGCAAGAAAUAAUUAUGCUUAAAUCUCAGCUGACAGCUUUUGGCGCCAAAAACUUAUUCCCUCAAAACAUUACUGUCAGUGUAUACCAAUGUAUACCAUAUGGGUUACAUAAUAGGUCGUAGCUUAGCGCUUACUGAAACAAAGGAAAGGUAACUGCAUAUGUGCCUUUGAUCACUCAGCUUGAGCAUUUUAAAAUUCAAACAAAUGACUCUUCCAUAGAACCCUGUCAGUUUAAAAUAACUUAUUUGCGAACGUUUUUUUUUUUUUCUUAUUUGUUUAUUUAUUUUCCUUUAUUUUUUGUCGCAGUGUUGUACAGGUACUUGGCAAGAUGUCUUCAUUUAUAUGUAAAUAGAUGUACAUCUAUGUUUGUUUUUCCUCACGACUUAAUCGUGAUGAACUUAACUAAAAUAGCUUUAUUCAAUAGUUAAUAAUAGCUGAUGCAUGUUAGAAGCUUUCCUUUUGUAAAUAAAAACACAGAUUCAAGACUUGAUCGUUUAAAGAAAGGAUGCAUUAACCGCCAUCUUGGCUGGCAGACAACAAUAUUUAAAAUGAAAUCUGAUCAUUUUAGGAAUUUGACUGCAAAUAAAUGACUCAAUAAAGUCGAGAUUUGAA